CCUCAAAAUUCUCACAAACUAAUUUAUUUUCCUUCUUCCCAUUCAUAUAUAGCUCCCUUCACCCCCGCUAGAGCGCGUGGAUUUCUUACAAGAAUUUCAUUUUGCUGCUCCAUUUUCUUUUCUGUUCUUUUUCCCAUUAAUUCUCUCCUCGCUGCUCGUUCGACAGUGGAAACUUCUCUGAGAAUUUUCAUUGACGAGUGCUCCUUUCUGCUUUCUACUACAGAUGCUUCGCUGGAAAUUAGUUUGUUUAUAACCUAUUAAUCACUACCCAUUUCUUUCUUUAUUUCUCCGUACGAUCUGAUUCCGGAUAGGGCAACAUCUAUGGUAGAAACAGCUGCACAGGAAUCGUCGUGGGCUACCUCCGGGAUGGUUUUGUUCUGAUUAUUACUACUCAACGAAAAGGAGAUAAAAGUUCAGGGUUUGAUUGGCGGUAGCAAGUAUAUACAGAAACUCCGAACGAAGCAGUACUUGGAAUUACGGCCUUUUGUUGGGGGGAGCUUUAUGUAACUGCAAGUUUCAGUUUCUUAUGCAUAGUACGGAAGACUGUGCACUAAGAUCCUUCAAGUAAAGUUAUUUCAGAAUUUUGUAACGGAUUGCUCCCAUAUUAGCCCCUUCGAAGACUCAAUAUACUGACCUAGGAUCCAAAUUUCUGGAAAGGAAACUCUUUCGGUUCUCAAUCAGAGAGAGAUCGGUACAGAGAAAAGGAAGCUGGCAAAUAAUAAGUGGUGGCAGAGAGUAGAUGUGGCGAUGGCGGGGUACAAUGAAGCAAACCAAGCUGGUUCUCGCUACUUUCACCACCUCCUCAGGCCCGAACUGCACCUCCAGCCACCUCCUACUUCUACCAUUAAUCUACAGCACCAUCACUCCCAACAAAACUCCGAUUCCAAUGACUCGUCCGAUCGAGACAACAAGCACGACACCGAUGCCCAAGCCACUAGUAGCUCCGGUGCAGCCACCAACUCCAGCCGCCGCCCCCGUGGCCGUCCUCCCGGAUCGAAGAACAAACCGAAGCCACCGAUUAUCGUGACACGGGACAGCCCCAACGCCCUUCGAUCCCAUGUUCUCGAGGUAGCCAACGCCGCCGACAUCGUGGACAGCGUGACCAAUUAUGCGAGGAGGAGAGGGAGAGGGGUUUGUGUGCUGAGCGGAAGCGGGACAGUAAUGAAUGUUACGCUGCGGCAACCUGGGGUUCCGGCGGGGAGUGUGGUCACGCUGCACGGGAGGUUCGAGAUUCUGUCUCUCUCUGGAACGGUGCUCCCACCUCCGGCUCCGCCUGGAGCUGGGGGGUUGUCAAUAUUUUUGUCUGGUGGACAGGGACAGGUUGUUGGGGGAAGUGUGGUGGGACCGUUGGUGGCAUCUGGUCCGGUGGUUUUGAUGGCUGCUUCGUUUGCGAAUGCUGUGUUUGAACGUUUACCGUUGGAUGAUCAGGAGGAAGCUGGUGCCGUUCAAGUCCAACCCACAGCGUCACAGUCUUCAGGUGUGACUGGAGGAGGUGGCGGAGGCGGAGGAGGACACCUUGGGGAGGGCAGUGGUGGAAGUGGAAGUGGUACUGGUGGUGUUUCUCUUUUUAGUAUGGGAGCUGGGAAUAUGGGGAAUUUUCCAUUUUCGGGUGAUCUGUUUGGAUGGGGUGGGAAUGCUCCAAGGCCUCCAUUUUAAUUAGUGGAGAUUUCAAUAUUUUAGAUGGAAAUGUAUGUUAGACUUCGAGUGAUACUAGAUCGAUGUUGAUUCUGCGCCUGGCUCAUGAAUGAGCUCAAUUUUUCUCAGCUUUAAAUAACUGGUGGAGAUGGAGGAGGAGGUGAUGAGAGGAGAACGUACAUGUAAAGCUAUCCUUUUUUACGGUUUGUUUGAUCAAAAUGUUCCUGAUAUAUUCAGCAAAUUGGUCCUCUCAUCAUCUUUGCACUGAGAAGAUCAAAACAAGAAAUUAUGAAGGCUUGAUAUCUUCACAUAGCUAGCUAGAAACCCAUCAUGCAUGAGUUUGGAGCAAAUAUUUAAGGAAUAUUCUGCAGACUUUCGGAGGUCAGUGAUCGAUAAACCAUUUGGUUCUUUCCUAGAUCUUGAUCUUUUGUUUUUUUUAACCUUUUCCUCUCUUAAUUUCUUCACUUAUUUCAGCUAGCUUUAUACACAAGGGGUGGAGACUUGUAUUGCAGAAAAAAACUGCUAUAUAUAGACAUAUCUGCUGCUUUAUUUU